GACGUUUGCGUAACGUGAUACGUGCGCUGGCUGGGGACAGUUUGAUAACCAUUUCCGCCUAUUUCUCGCACAUAUCGCAGUGUUUAUUAAGAUAUGCUUGUUAAAGGAUUAAAAUUUGCAUAAAGUGCCGUCUGUGAGUGGAUGAAAACAUCCACAAAAAUGGAUCCAAGCAGUGUCAGUCGCGUGAACUGGGCCAUAAACCGCCGGGCGGAGGGUUUAGUAAGUAAACACAUGGCAGACAUGGCACAGAGACGCUCAGCGGUGUCUGAAGAGGAUAUACACCCUCUGCCAGGAGACUUGAGCAGAAGCGCAGAAGACAUCCCGGGGCGGGCCGAGGUGAAUUUCAGCGCGGAUUCACAGUCCUACAAUCCUGCAGGAGUGGCGGGAAAGUUGAUGCGCGAAGAUGCGUCUUCAUCAUCAGAGACAGCCGCCCAUAGGCAAAUCAUAUCACUCCUUAUUGAGAUCAAGGAGGAGCAACAGAGGCAGUGGGAAGUUCUGAAAGACCUGCAGGCCAGGAUUCAUGGACAGGUGUGUGAAGAGGAGGACGAGCCGCUUGACAUAGAUCUGCCACUACGUACAAUGGAACAGCUUGAUGAAACGGAGCAGCAUUUAGAGGAUACUGAAGCCCAGAAGAGAAUGGUGUCACACCUUUCACGGAUGGGCGGAGCUACGGUAGAUGACGCGGUCCGGCGUCUUAUGCACGCUGUGCUCUCUUUCAGUGUGGGCUCAGAGCUUAACUGGGUUGGCAGAGGACAAAAACGGAGCUUCAGAAACACCAGACUGCAGGGUGUUUUAUUUCGUGCCUUGAAGAGGACACCUGUGGGAAAGGAGGCCACACACCACCAGUUUGCUGAUGUAGUGAAGAAAUGGUUGCGGUUUGCUCCUUUCCGGCAAAGAGGAAGUGGACGAAGACCGCAUUGGAAACCUGUAGAGUUCAUCUGUCCCAAAUAUGACAGUAGUGUGGAGGAUCAAGACCAGCUUAACCAUAACCAGCUGGAUUCUGGGGAGAUUCAGGUGACGAUAUAAUUACACUACAAGUGUUGGAUUACUAAAUGUCAAAGACAAGUAAAGUGAAAUCAGUAAAUGAAGAAAUGAAAAGAGUGUGAAGGAUUGGCUUUCAAAUUGCGUUUCUCUUUUGGCAUAUUAUAUUCUUUCUAUUAUAGUAUUUGCUUAGCUUUCUUUAAAGCAGAGGUGUCAAACUCAGUUCCUGGAGGGCCACAGCCCUGCAGAGUUUUGUUCCAUCCCUGCUCUAACACACAUACUAUGCAGUUUUCAGUUAAGCCUGAAGGACUUGAUUAGUUGGUUCAGGUGUGUUUUAUUAAGGUUGCAUCUAAAUUCUGCAGGCCUCCAGGACCGAAGUUUGUCACCCAUGCUUUAAAGGGAUAGUUCACCCAAAAAUGCAAAUUACCCCAUGAUUUACUCUCAAGCCAUCCUAAUUGUAUAUGACUUUCUUCUUUCAGACGAAUACAACCUAGGAUGGCUUGAAGAUUAGUAAAUCAUGGGUAAUUUAAAUUUUGGGGUUAACUAUCAAUAAAAUAUACUGUUGUUAUGUGCACAGUUUGGAGAUUUUCAAAUUACAGCAUUGAUUUUUAAAAAGUAAUGGGCAAAUGUAAAUAGGUCUGUUAUUAUGAUUAUUUUGCCCCUGUAAUUUUAUUUUAAUUAUGUUUUGUUUGAAAUGCUUAUGGCAAUAAUAUUUCCGUUUUUAAUUUUGCCAUACAUUUUGCAAGUUGGAAAUUGUUAAGAAUGUUUUGCGUGAUUUUAGUGCAAUUUGUAGUUACUUGAGUUUGAUUAUAAAUGGACAUCAGCAUUAAGAAUUUCAAGCAUUUAAGAGUUAAGUGUCACAACGCAGAAAAUGUCAGAUUGCUGUGGAAAAAAAAACAUUUCUCAAAUGUAAUUUAAUGACUUUGCUUACUAAUGUAGCUAAAUGCACUUACUCACUUGGUAUCUUUGACAAUGUGAACCGUUUUCAAAAGGUUUUCUAAGAACUCUUGCUUCCUGACAUAUAUAAAAAUACAUUAAAAACAAACAAUGUAUCCAUGAA